AUCACUAGAAGAGGCGCGGCUUCACAAAGGGAGGGUCUUCCUUCCUUCUGAAGUACUUUCAUCCCUUUUCCCCAACCCAAUAAGACAUGGCCUCGAUCGCUUCAAGCAGCAAGGCAUCUUGGCCAGCUCGUCAUGAGACGAUUGUGGAAUGCCUUGGUGAUGAUCAAGUGCAGUCUUUGAUCGUCACAGUGGCCAAAGAGCCCACAGUUGCAUCUGCAUGUGCAAGGGCUCGCCAACUCAUCAAGGGCAAGCAGCGAGCUCGAGACGAUGAGCAAGACGUCGUGAGCGCAGCAGAGCACAGCCUGGCCCUGGACCUCGCCCUAGCAUCGUGGUGGUCUCAGACUCCGGAGACUCGCAAGCGCUUCUGCUCUCAAGCAGCUCAGGACCGAUUGAAGGACCUCACCACUGCAGUGCCGGCACCGAAUGACUUUCCGUCUGUCACAUCGCUGCAAAGAUCGUCCGCGGCUUACGUUGAGAUCGUGCGGUCUCGCUUCAAUCGCCAACUCUACGUGAUCAAGACAGUAGUGAAAGGGCUGGCUCGGAGGGAAUCGAAUCGCUGCAGUCCAGCUUUCGAAGCUCAUCUGCUCUCGUUGGGAUCUCAGACACCUUCCGGUGUGCGGCCUGUGCCUGACCUCGUUGCUGCCUUCCAAAGUCAGAAUUCGCUACACAUUGUCAUGGAGUACUUCCCUGCUGGUGACCUGGAUCAGCUUCUUCACUCCGCAGGUGAAGCAGGAGGAGCGGGCUUGGGACUCGCUCGAAAUGGAGGGCUUCUGGAUGAGAGCUUUGUCAAAGCGUACGCGACAGACAUCGUCGGAGCAGUAGGGUGGUGUCAUGAGCAAGGCUUUGCUCACAGAGACGUCAAGCCAGCGAAUUUCCUUCUCGAUCGAACAGGCCAUCUGAAGCUUUGCGACUUUGCAACCGCUGCACCCUUCUCCACAUUCGCUGGCCAACGCCGCCGAGUCCAUCAUUUCUAUGCUUGUCUGGCCGGAACCCCAGACUACAUUGCUCCGGACAUUCUGCUCGGUGAAGAAGAACGGCUCAAUGCGCUUGCCAAAGAAGACCAAUGGUUGGGUACGACGUAUGCAGACUCCAGCACCUCAUUUGCAUCCUGCUCUCGUAGCAGAGCGCCGGCGCCCGCUCCAGACUCCGAAGGGUCCUACGGGCCGGAGGUCGAUUGGUGGUCGGUCGGCGUGGUUGUCUAUGAGAUGGUAUACAAGGUGGUACCCUUUUGGGCAGACUCGAUCAGAGAGGCGCACUACCGUAUCCGCAAUCACGAGUCGUUCUUGGAACUAGACGGCAAGGUCCCGACUAGCUCAGCGCUCGAAGCUCUGAUCCGAGGAUUGCUCUGUCGAAGAGACACUCGCCUCGGUGCUUCUCUUGAUGGCACACGUGCCAUCAAGGACCAUCCGUUCUUCGCAGACGUCGAAUGGGCCUCAUAUAUGAGCGCACCUGCGCCAUUUGUGCCCAAUCUCCCGGCUAGCUCACACGCCCAGUCGAUAGACGGUCUUCCGCUGUCUCCAUCGGUCCUCCAUAGUCCUCGUCCCCUGAUGUCGUUCGCACCGGACGAUGACGUCUCGAUGACUCCUGAGUCUAUUGCUCUUUCACAGAUCUACGAGGGGGACUUGGAGAAUUUCCCAGCCUUUGUGGAUUCAAGGGACGGAAUUCUGCCCGAACAGGAGCGGGACUUCGCAGAGCAAGCUCAAAAGAGCAUGACGAUCCAGAAUGUCUACACAGGAGCAGCUACAGAAGCUGACUGGGCUUUGCACUCCAGGGCUGCUUCAGAUCCGACCUCGCCGGUCUCAUUCUCGAAACAGGCUGCGGAGGCAAGCCGUAGAGAUAUUGAUGUGAACUGGAUCGGUUUCACUAAGCUCCCAGCUGCUGAAGCCUUCGGUCCUGGACCUAAGCCUAGGCCCACGCCAACCUCCCUAUCGCUACCUAUGGCCACGCCGGUCAUCAGCCGUAUGCGCUCUUUCUCUACGAUCCUCGAAGCAUCUCCUGCGUGCAGCUCGGCAGCUGCUUCGCCCGACAUUUGGGCGCGGCGUGGCAGCGAGGACGAUGCUCCGAUGACAUCUACGCCUUAUCACGCGGGUGAAGGUCAGAGGGUCUACAGCUCACCCGCCGUUCACUUUGCGAGUCAGCCGACACCACCGCCCGCCAUCAGCGCGGCUACUCCUUAUACCUUUACUCGGAAGAAGUCUCUCCAGCGUCGAGCUCUCGAAAUGUCCUCCCGCAUGGCUACACCUGGAGAUGGAAGAUUCGUCACGCCUUCGCGAAAGACAAGCAUGCCCAAUAUUGCCUCGGCGUUUGCAAGUCAACAAUCCUCAAUGGUACCAGCCUCGCCGUAUCCCUUCCCUGUCGCCGCAAGAGCAACUCCAGGUACCUUGGAUCGACGUCGAGGGGCAGCAUUUGCCAUGGCAGCUAUCCCCUCGUACAGAGCGGUGUCGCAAAGCCCACAUUCCUCGUCAGCUGCGGGAUCCAUGGGAUCCGAGUCUCGCUGCUCUGGUGGCUCCAAUGCUAAGCGAGACGUCAGCGAAAACGAAGCGAUGGAGCAAUUGGUGCAAGCAGUUGCGCAGAGCGCUCGCAAAGUCAGAAUUGCAUCGGAGGACAAGGUCGUGCUCGAUCGAUUGUCAGCACUCGAGAACAGACUCUUCCGCAAGGCCGGGGGUGGGCCUCAGGUAGCUGUCCAUCGUCCGGUGAGGCCGCCUCUCCGUCAGAGCCAUACUGAUACGGACUCGCAAAUAAGCGAAGGCAAGGCUCGCUUGUUGAAGCAAACGAGCGCCGUUCCGGGAAAAAGCGGCCAGACGCUGCAAAGGAGGGAGACCAUAGCGAGUCGGCGCGAUGGCGUCGUAGCUGAGAUUCCCAGCGGAGAGACCACUCCCUUGGCGACUGCUGCCAAUGAGCUUGCAAAGUGUACCAUGCCGGGCGAAGACAUACGGAAAGUUUCGGCGACUGGACAGGCUUCAGCAAAGCCGUCGCCUCCGCUUGUCUCAGUUCCUGACAUCGUCCAUCACACUUCGUCAUCUUCGCCCAAAGAGGCCAGAGUAGAAGCUACGUCAGGUCCGCAUGCUGUCGUAUCUUCCCACGGAGUCUCGGCUGGUCAAGCAAAGCAUCCCGCUGCGCCCAUCUGGACAGAGCGAAGGUUUUCUUCUUCGUCUUCGUCGUCUUCGUCUUCAUCCACUGCCUCGGGCGCGCCUGCGGAUAGUGAGCAACUUCGGCCACCUUCUCUCGCCGUGGGAGGACGGUCCCUUCGCAACCAAAGAAGCAAGCGACAACUCAGACUGGAGGCACAGGAGCGUACGACCCCUACUCGUCCGGCAAGGGCCCUUGCGCCUCAAGUUCAGAUCGACAGAUUCGAACAACUCUCCCUUGGGUCUAGCUCCGGUGGAGAGCAGAAGCACGAGGGCGACAGCACUCCUGGUUUGACAGAUGGAGGCGCCUCGACAGAGAGUGAGAGCAUCGGCACGGAGUCACUGCAUAGCGAUGCCCACAACGUUGCUGCAAAAGGUGGGUCGCCUACCCGCAGGGCCACUGGCGCAACGAGGAGCAUUCAUACCUUUUGGGAGACAGAUGCUCCGUCGUCUUCCGGCGACGAGCUCGUUGCCAAGCCCACUGUCUUCUCCGGUCAUACCAGCAGUCGCCUCAGUCUCCAGCCUCUCUCUUUCGAGGCAACAAGGCUGCGAUCCAAGUCUCACGGCCAGCUGCCCAAGCUGCGCAUCGCUAGCGGUAGCCAGCCGGACCUUCCGACUGGUGGGCUUAAUUUGAUCCAAGAGUCGCAGCAGAGGCGCGGGAGCUCUUCAAGCAUGACGGGAGCUCCGAGGAUGCUACGCAAGAAGGACAGUCGAGAGACUCUGAGCGAGUACCGCAAAGGUAUCGUUCGCCCCGCUACACCCACUGGUGCGUUGCCCUCGCCCUUCCUCCCUUCUAGCAUCCCUGGCACCCCUGGUACGCCGGUCAUUGAGGAGGACGAUGCGUUCGGUGGUGGAGCUGUGGUUCCCUCGCCCAUUCCUAUUGCGGUAAGAGGCCUGCGGAAGCCCUCGAGAAGAGCCUCCAGUGCUACCCUCGGCGAAAGCUACGCCCACAACAAUGGCACAGUAGCCGCAUUGAAGGCAGAGAUCGGUGACAAGCCAGCGCAGAGGCGCUCCACGAGUGGUCCUCUUCCAAUCAAAGAGCGAAGAUCUUCCACCUCGCCUCUGAUGCCGGCUAGCUCUUCUAGUCGUAAUUCCCUGUCCUUGCUGUCCAUUACCGAGGAGGAUGGUGGUGCGCGUGCAGACAUGCACAAAAGUCUUCAGCAGCCCACGAAGCAAGUCAGGAGGGCCAAAUCGCGCUUGUCGAUCAUGACUUCUCCGACCCUCAAAGAGGUUCCCACGGCCGGAGUAGUGGACACUCCUCCCAUCAGUGGUAGUAUGAGCAACACCACUAGCCUACGUAGCGCUUCUAGUCCCCUGACAAAGAUGGAUCGCCGUUUUGGGGGAUUGCAGAAUAGCUUUGAUGGACUGCAGAGCAGGAUUACCGAUAUCAAGGCACGACUGCAGGGUUAGACGCACACCAGGUCACCAAUGAGACCACGAGACGAUGAGAUCUAUCACAAUAACCACAUCUCCCUUGCCGACACUAUUAGCUUCGGCAUCGGCCCAGCAUACACCUUGACCUCUCGGUCAUGACCCAUCCCAGCAUACUUUCUCCUUUGAUCGGAUCCUACUGUUCAUAUUCGCAUUCGCCUCACAUAAACCUUGUCCUCAUACACACCCAUUCCCUCCGCUUCGUUUCAUUCCAUCUCUUUCGUAUCAUUGCAACUCAAAAGUUUCUAUUGCUAUUCGUGCCGUGCUCGCGCGUCUU